AGGAAUGGAGGAUAGAUGUUACGUCAGGGUAAUUCAAAUUCCACCGGUGGAGAAGCAGAAGAAAGUCAAAUUUCAGACCACGAAAGAAAAUCGUGUUCUAUGCAUGAAAGGAAUUUAUACAUGGUUUCGUUACCUAUAAUAUUUCUUUUUAAUGUAUUGCGAGGUCUAGCGUAUUAUUUUUAUGUUUUAUGUUACUGCUUGUUUCGUUUUUUACGUCUUCUUGCCAGUGUCGUAUGGUCCAGGCAAUUUUUACUAAAUAUUCCAGCCAGAGAGCAGCCCGACUCUGAAGAAGUUCAAACAGACAGUGGUGCAAUAAUGGAUAAUGGAAGACAAAUGAAAAUUUCUAUGAAUACAAAUUUACUUACAAAGCAGAAGUAUCACCAUCGUAAAGCCUUUGAAUUCAUUUCUGAAGCUCUUAAAAUUGAUGAAGAAAAUAAAGGACAUAAAGAACUUGCAAUUGAAUUAUAUAAAAAGGGGAUUUCAGAACUUAAGAAAGGAGUUGCUAUAGAUACAACAAAUGGAGAAGGGCAAGAGUGGGAAAGAGCUCAGCGUCUUCAAUUGAAGAUGAAAAGUAACCUUGAAAUGGCAAAGGAUAGACUUGAGUUUCUAGAGUGCAUGGUGAGGAUCAAAAACUUAGGAGAGAAUCUACCACUGCACCAGGCACAGGAGGGUCACAUGCAUGCUGACAAGACUCAGGCCUCUGACAACAGCUGUACCAAACGGCGUGGCUGGCAGAAGCCCCUCUUGCUUAAACUGAACACUGGUGGCACCAAUGAUGUAGGACCUACAUGGUCAAAAGAUCCAAGUCCUGUUUCUCCCACUCCCCCUACAGUUUCAGGACGAAAAGCUGUUCCUAAAAAAUCUAGCAUCACCAAUAAGAGUCACACUUUACCUCGCAAUCUGAUGCCAGGAACCUCACGAAUUCAUGGCCCUGCUGGUUCAAUGAAAAAACAUCCAACAACGCCUCCAGCCGUCCGGCGUCAGACUUCUCAACCAUCCAAUGCUGUCAGCAAGGGCCGUAAUUCUCCCUCCAAGCCAUCUUCUCGAACACAGCGAGUAUCUAAAACAAUUGGCCUGAGAGGGGUAGACUCCAGAUUAGCACAAGUGAUUAUGGAUGAAGUGGUCGAUGGAGGUCCAUCUGUUACCUUUAAUGAUAUUGCUGGACAGGAAGUAGCAAAGCAGGCCCUCCGCGAGAUGGUAAUUCUCCCGACAUUAAGGCCAGAGCUGUUUACUGGACUUCGUGCUCCUCCCAGAGGUCUUCUCUUGUUUGGCCCACCUGGAAAUGGUAAAACUAUGCUGGCCAAAGCUGUAGCUUAUGAGUCCAGUUCUACCUUUCUCAACAUCAGUGCAGCUACUUUGACCUCAAAAUAUGUAGGGGAGGGAGAGAAGCUUGUUCGUGCCUUGUUUGCUGUAGCUCGAGAUUUGCAACCAAGCAUAAUUUUCAUUGAUGAAGUUGACUCUCUGUUGAGUGAAAGAAAGGAAAAUGAACAUGAAGCAAGUCGUCGACUGAAGACAGAAUUCUUUGUUGAAUUUGAUGGGUUGUUGUCUGACACUGAAGAAAGAAUUCUAGUUAUGGGUGCUACCAACCGACCACAAGAGUUGGAUGAUGCUGCUCUAAGGAGGUUCUCCAAAAGAGUUUAUAUUACUCUACCAGAUAUGGAUACAAGAAUCACAUUACUGGAAGCCUUGCUUAACAAACAGAAAAAUCCUCUUUCAAAAGAAGAUCUGAAGAAACUUGCUAAGCUAACGGAGGGUUACUCUGGAAGUGAUAUGACUGCACUAGCUAAAGAUGCUGCUUUGGGACCAAUAAGAGAACUUCAUCCUGAUGAAGUUUGCAAUUUAGAUCCAGAUAAUAUGCGACAGAUUACAAUGGAAGACUUCAGUGAAUCACUAAAGAGAAUUAGACGAAGUGUUCCAUCACAGUCUUUGGUACAGUAUGAAAAGUGGAACCAAGAAUUUGGUGAUAUGUCAGUGUGAAGGCAAUAGUGAUAGUGUGAGUAGGGUGGGGGAAAGACAUGCACAUUUGUACAUAUCUCACCCACAAUUACAGUAGAGUAGUCACACAGAUUUGUGAUAUUCAUCUUAGCAUUUAGAAGUACAGGUUCAAAGGAAAUCUACAACCAGAAAGCCUGUGAUAUCCCAGACAGAAUUAAAUAUAAAGAAUAGAAAAACAACAAUAGAUGCAGAUAAGGAGUGACAUUAUAGACGCAAAAGCAUUUUUUGUUUUUUAAUGUAUACAUAUGUAAUUUAUUUCAUUUGACUUUUAUAGAGUGAUUUCUGUGUCAUGUCAUAUAUAAUUUUAGUCUGUAGGAUAAGUUUGGCUUUUCAAAAUACAUCAUGCAUUGUGUCUGUUGGCUUCUAAGAAUACCAGUAAUUCAACCCAUACAGAUUCUUUGCAACAAUUUUUUGUAAACUUAAUGAUGUUACUGAUUAUACCAUACAUAUGAACCAAAAAGUUAAGCAACAGUUUACUCUAUACAGUUCUUAUAUGGAACUAUAUCACUGAAGAGAUGCAGCUCAGUUUUUAUACACCACUAUAGAACGUUGUUCAUAACAGAACAUUUCAGCUAUUAUACAUAACUGUGCAAAUACAUAACAAAAUGUAAGAGUAAAUACAGGGCUUACAUUUCAGCCUCAUCAUACGACCAUAGGAAUACAUACAAAACUACUUAUUCCAUCUUUUACACGACUAACUGGACAUUAACGUGCUGAAAUCUAUGUGUAAUGUACAAGUGAUGUUAGACAUACUUUUCUGUAGACCAUUAUGAAAAUGAAUGUGUAGAAGACUAUAGUUCUCAAAUUUUCGUCAUUAAUGAGUAAGUUAAAAAAAAAAAGACUAUUGGCAAUAUCAUUAGUUUUUUGUAGAAUAAUAUACAUGACUGCAAAAAACUGGCAUUAGAAACAUCCACUACAUAGUUAGUAUAAUGUACACACUAGCCUUUAAUAUGUGUUUAUAAUUUUAUAGUUAAUUAUCCAAAAUUCAUUUAAACUUUUAACAAUUAUUGAAAAGUGCCUACAAUCUUAGAAAACUUGCAUUUAAACCUUUAAGAAAUAAAUACCGAUCAGUUCAUGCCUGUGGAAAGAUACUACAUGUGAAACUAAAUAUAAAAAAGAUGACUGUAAGGACCUGCUUCUCAAACUUUAAUAUUUAGAGAAGUGACUAUAGAAAUAUAAAAGACAGGUGGAACACCUACAUUUAAUACAUUAAGGCUGAAAUAUUCAAAUCUACCAAACUAUGUAACCUUGAAAAUUAAUCUGAAUACUUCGACAUUUAGAAACAUUACAUAAAUCAGCAUAUUUUCAUCUUUGGUGCUAUUCUGAAUCAUUCAAACCUCAGGUACUAAGCUAAAUAUGUCAAAUCUUAGAUGCAAACCUGAAUACUUCAAUAUUCAAAUCCACAUUAUUAAGCUAAAUACUUUAAUUGUGAAAUACUGGUUGGUCCAAAAGCUUUGGCUCAUGAAGCUAGAUAUUUCACACCAAGUUUUCAUUGGAAUACUCCAAGAUAUUAGCUCAUCACAUUAAUCUACGUGCUUCAGUCUUUACGUACUUUUGUAAUUACUUCAAGAUACAUGUACAACAGAUUAAUAGAGAUACUUCAAAUCUUAAUCCUCCAGUUAGCAUACUUUAAAUAACAAAAUAUUACCACCUGGAGUUUUUCAAACAGUUCAACAAGUGUUAUUAGUUUUAAGGCAGAACUAUGGAUAGUUUAAGAUUCUGGCUCACCACUUUAAACUGUGUUUUCCAACUUGUAACUCCAAGUAGUAGUUUAUACAUGUAAGCAGCACAUCUUAACCAUAGAACAGAUACACAACACAGGUAUCUUUGCCAUUAAACUUGAAAGGUAGGAGAACUAAUUCAUGUUUAAAGAGUUUAGUAUUUGAAAUCCACUUAUGCUUUAAAUGGCUUCACACACAUGUAGUGCAUGCAUUUUUAUAGUAGUUUGGAAUGCCUUCGUGUUUUAAAUAAUAUUUAUUUCAGUUUUUAACUAUGUUUAUUGGGUUAAAAUACAAAUCGAUUCUUGUGAAACUUUUUUUUUGUCUUUAACUAUACAAAAAGCAUGUGCAAGUUAUCUUAAUAAUCUGAAUGUUUUGACCAACCUUACAAGAAUAAGUAGAAGGUGGUCAUUGCAAUAGUCAGCUUCAUUGUCCAGACCAAUACUGUAGGCUCCAAUUAAUUUCUUUCAAUAGUAAAAUUUAAAAAGAAUUUUUUCAUUAGUAGGAUAAGAAUGGUGGAUUUUCUCUUAUUAUACAGCAAGGUAAUAGCAAACCAUUAUGUUGGUGAAACAGUAGAAUAAUAAAAGCUAUAAUGAAGGUGGUGUAGAUAAAGAUUGUCCUGAGACGUUUUUUUAAGUCCCUUUCAAGCUUAUUGAAUAUUGGUAGAGCUCUGGGUUUACCAGCCAAGUAGCACACACACUCAGAAAUCCUUCUCUUAAGUAAAAUGUUUGUGUUAAAUGUAGAAGGGUCUCUUAAACAAACCUAGGAUUCAUUGAAGAAAAAAUUUGUAUUACCAUCUGAAUUUCUUCUGUAAUAUAAUUCAGUGUAAUAUAUCUCAAUGUAACCUCACUUACAAACAAAUUCUGUUAAUAAUUGGUAUCAUUCUGUAACACCACUUGUAGAUAUUUUUAUGUAAUCCUUAACUGUGAUAGGAAAGCAUUUGCAUUAAUGGCUGAUCUCUUACUGUAACCCUUCUGGAGUAAGAUACAUGUAAUGUUGUAUAAUCACAGCAGAGAUUUAAAACUUUUGCAUUAAUGGCUGAUCUCUUACUGUAACCCUUCUGGAGUAAGAUACAUGUAAUGUUGUAUAAUCACAGCA